GUUAGGUGGAAAUUCUAAUCAUGAAUUUGCACGAGCUUUUUAUCGAGUUGUUUUACAAACCCCAUGGCUUUUGGAGCCAAACGAACAUGAAAUAGAAUUUGCGAAACAAUUGAGUAAUAAUUUUGAGAUAUCUAAUAAUUCAUUUGGUCUUCGAGAGGAACUACUUAAUAAUAUAGAAUUUAAAAAUGAGUUUUUAGAAUUUU